UCUUCGACUGUAUCUUUCAUACAUGGCCCCGGCCUAAUCUGCGCCAGGUAUUUCGAAUGAAGCCACGUGGUUUGUGCUAUUGCGGGGGCUGCAGUACACCCUCCCCCUGUGCGCCCACCCCUCUUCUGCUCGGGGGGCAGGGGAGGGGGGUGGCACGGCUGGAAACGGAGUGGCCUCAAAUCAAAAUCCAAGCCCUGGCUUAGCACCAGCGGACAAUCAGGUUCCAGACUCUCUACGUCUGUUGACCACGUUGUAGGAGGACACAGGUUGUGCUCGUAGCGGAGGGGUACGUCGGGGACCUGGUGGCAGUCUGUCACAGGGAGAUGGACAGAAAGAGGCCGGUUUUGGCAAUUGCUGGCAAAGAGUGCGCCACGACGUUAGCGUCGUGAUGUCGGGAGAGUCUCAGCUGAAAAGUGAAUUCCCUGCCCCCUUGCACCAAAGGUCUGGCUUCCAGCGAUGUAGGUUUUCUUCUGCGUGAUGAAAGGAAAUGCUUCUCCCCGCCGCAGGCGUGCUCUGCAGUGCUGCGGGCCAAAUGUUCCUCCACUGCUUGCUGCUGCUGUUCUCACCCUUGCGUAUCCGCGUCUUUUGAGACGGGCUGUUGAAAAAUAAGCCAGACACCGAACGCAGCUUCUCUUGAAAAGGUAACUUUGAAAGGGCAGAGAAGGAGCCGGCAUGCUCAGUUUUGCCUCUUGAAUACAAGCAGGACGGUAGUUUGUACCGUAUGCGCUUGCUGGGCAUUUCACAACUGUCAAGCCAGUAUGGCUUGGCUUUCGCUACACGCAAAAGACUACAGUCGCCUUUCCCACCCCUGUGUGACAAAGUUCAGUCGUUAGCGGAGCCGAUGUGCUCCCCGUCGGGUUCCUCAGGUGUGCGCAGGACCUGCUCGUUGGCUGCUUUCCUCAAAAACGUCGGCGCACGCCCCAGCCAAAAUCCCUUCCCCUUCCUGAAACUGGAGCCCGGUGUUUGACUAGAGAUGUGCUGCAAACAAUCCAGCUACUACAGUUUAAUAAUUUACCACGUAUCACUCGACCUGUCGCACCACAAAGCAGCUUUCCCCUUCCUAUCUGGAGCGAAACUCUCGCGCGGUGGGGUGUGCAUCAGCUGAGGCAGAGUAAUUCAUUAAGCCGGUGAUUAUCUGCAGGCACCCUCAACUGACGCCUCACCUACCCACAUAACCUUUGGUACUCCAACGAUAAACUCGCACAAGAGGGCGAGCCUGGAUGCACUUUUGUUAAUGAUCUUAGAACUGCGUAAGUAUUUUUGGGGGGGGGAAAGAGGUCCUGCGGCAGCUAGACCCUGCAUGCGGAUGAAGCAUCUUGCCCUGCUCGCUCUUCAGCCAGGCUUCGGAAGAGCAAGCAGGGCAACGUGCGAGGCACCGAUGGAGGGGGGGAGGGAAAGGCAGCAGGAUAUUUGGGGAUGGAGUUGUCCCUGGGAAGGAUGUGGGUCUCUGUGCCGCUUUCCAGGAGCAUCCCGGCAGAGGAUGACUGGAGCCAGAGGCUCGGCCACAAGAGGCCGUGUGAGCCGGCGUUUUGCAGGCAGCGAUUGAAUUCACCUGUAGCUGGUUCAGAGCCGGUGCCCCCGACUCAGGUGGGGGGUUUCCACCAGCAAAAGCUGCUCCAGAGCAAUGAGGGAGAUGAGAAACAGCUGCCGACCUGCCCCGGCCGCCUGCAGCUCACUAGAGAGUCCCUUCUGCCGUCUUCCUCCAGGUCCCUCUGACCUCAGAGAAGGCUGUACCUGUCUGUGGAGCUGGUGAGUAACAGGAGGCGAGGGGAGGGAUAGGUUAUAACUCAAUAUAAUAUAAUACGAUAUAGUGCUCCCCCCAGAGAAGCCCUGAACAGCUGCACUUAGGCCCUCCCCAAAAAAAGAUGUGAGAAGAGCUUGUCAAUGUUUGCUGCCUGUGCUGCGGGGGUGGAAGGCGUUCCCCCGUGGGAUAGUGUUUACUUCUUCCUGGUGGGGAUUUGAGGCGCUGCUCUCGUACGAACGGGGAAAGCCGGGAAACGAGCCCCGUGGUCUGCCCAGUGCGUGCAGGGAAGCUAGCGAAGCCGGGAGCAGAAGCGUUGGUUUCCAGCUUAAAGCCUAAGAAUGUUUUAAAUAUAUAGAGUUGCAACCGCAGACCUUCCCCUGAAGUCCGGGAAAAGACUAAAAGGCCUCAGUUUUGCCUUUGGCUGUUGAGUUGCCGAAUCCUAGCCCCAUCGGUUUGUAUCCUGUGUGUUCUGGGUGAAGCAUCGUAACCCCUGAGCUCUGCCUUGCUGCCCCUGCUUUCCCAGGGGAGAGGGAUCUCCGGCGGACUGAUAGAGCCAGGUUGCCUGAGGCUGCCGAUUCCUUGCGCCCUAUGGUUUAACCAGCAGCUCACGCUUGUCUCCUAAAGCCAUCUCGUUUCCUGGUCCCCCUCUAGCUUUGGAAGGUGAAACAGGAGUUGGAAGGGAACGUGCUGACACGUGCUGAAGGCCAAAGUAGCCAGCAUCGCUAUCUGCAUCAUGAACGGAGCUGAAAAUGUAGCGAGGCGACAAGCUGGAGGUGUCUUGGCUCGGGACGGCUGGAUUCUUCAAAGCCAGCUCUUCUCAGGUUUCUGACCGAAGGGCCUGGGAGCUCCCUCCACUGGCGCUGUGGGAAGCUUUAGCCAAACCAAUGCACCCUGACAACAAACUGCCCAGCCAUGGCAAGGCAGGCAGCAGCGGUGCCCCGGCCCAGCACCACAACGUGAGCCAAGCACCCACCUGCAACCUGGGCUCUAAGGGUGUGGGGGCGGGCAGCCAUGGCGGCAAGGCCACUCAGAUCUCCCCUGGCAACUCUGGACUGAAAAACAGCCAGAACACUGUCCCAAACUUCAGCUCCUUGAAGGGCAAGGUCAAACGGGAACGAAGCAUCUCGGUGGACUCCGGAGAACAGCGAGAAGCCAGCACCCCUUCACAGGACGCAGAAUCAAAAGGUGAGGUGGCUCCCCGUAGCAAGCGGCGGUGUGUGCUGGAAAGGAAGCAGCCAUACAGUGGGGACGAAUGGUGCUCUGGGCCGGACAGCGAGGAAGACGACAAGCCCAUCAGCAGUGCGCACAAUUGUAAUGUAGCAGAUCCUGCGAUGUCCACGGCCUCGCAGCUUGGCCCAGGGUCCAACCCGCUGCCGAACCUGAACGAGACCAGUUCUUCCAGCGUGCCCCAUGGUGCUGCCCCCGGCUUACGGUCAGACGCUGCAGGAGGAGGAGGCGGCGGAACAGGAAAGCAGCCCUCGCAGUUCGUUUACGUCUUUACAACGCACCUUGCUAACACAGCUGCAGAAGCUGUCCUGCAGGGCCGAGCUGACUCCAUUCUGGCCUACCAUCAGCAGAACGUCCCGCGGGCAAAGCUAGACCAGGCGCCAGCUCCUAAAGUGCUGGGGGUUGCUGAGCCGCUCCCAAUUAACCCUCCUGCUGCCAACACUCCACAGUCCCAGCCACCAGCACCUCAGGCGAGUCAGCCGCAGCCGCAGCCUCCCCCGCCGCAGCCUCCGCCGCAGCCUCCGACCAUCAGUCAAGCACCUUUGCCGGCGCCCAGCAGCCUGCCCCAGGAAGGGACAAGCGAAGAUGUCCGGAGAGAUCUGACUCCCAACUCUUUGGGGAACAACAGCGGCAGCACCCAGCCUGGGAGUAACCACCCAAAUACGCCCACCGCGUCUGCCAACACCAUGCAGCCUGGGCCGGUGGACUCCUCCGCCACGUCCAGCUCUGGCCUCCUCGGGGAGGGCCCGGGUCCAGGGAUGCCGGGGAACGGGCAGGCAGGCCUGGGCCCCAGGAACCCCAUGAACUCGGAAGGGCUCUCGAAGGAGCAGCUGGAGCACCGGGAGCGCUCUCUGCAGACCCUGCGGGACAUUGAGCGGCUGCUGCUGCGCAGCGGGGAGGCCGAGCCCUUCAUGAAGUCCAGCCAAAACGCGGGUGAGGGCGGGACUGCCCCCCAGCCGCAGGCUGCCCCUGCCCAGCCCCCCGCGCCGCCCCCCAGCAUGAAGAAGUAUGAAGAGCCUCUGCAGUCCAUGAUCUCCCAGACCCAGAGCCUCGGCGGGCCCAGUCUGGAGCACGAGGUGCCCCACCACCCAGGCGCUGACAUGGGGCAGCAGAUGAACAUGAUGAUGCAGCGGCUGAACCAGGACAGCCUGACGCCGGAGCAAGUGGCCUGGAGGAAGCUGCAGGAAGAGUACUACGAGGAAAAGCGACGGAAAGAGGAGCAGAUCAGCAUCCACGGCCGGCCCAUGCAGGAGAUCAUGAUCCCGCAGUCGAUGGGGAGCAUGAUGAUGCGUGGGCCCCCGCCACCCUACCACAGCAAGCCUGGAGAGCAGUGGCCGCCGGGGAUGGGCAGCCAGCUGCGGGGACCCAUAGACGUGCAGGACCCCAUGCAGCUGCGGGGGGGGCCGCCCUUCCCAGGGCCACGCUUCCCUGGGAAUCAAAUGCAGCGAGUCUCUGGCUUCGGAGGGAUGCAGAACAUGCCCUUGGAUGCUCUUGGGCCCAUGAAUGCCAUGCAGAGGCCAGUCAGGCCCGGCAUGGGGUGGAGCGACGAUAUGCCUCCUAUGGGAGGCCCCGGGAACUUUCCGCAAGGCACCUUGCCCUACCCGUCGGGGCAAGGGGACCCCGAAAGGUUCAUGAACCCCCGUGCCAGGGAGGAGAUCCUGCGGCAUCAGCUGAUGGAGAAACGCCCAGUGGCAAUGCAGAGGCCCAUGGGGAUGUCCGGCAACUCCAUGAGCCAGGGCAUGGAAAUGGAGAGGAUGAUACAGGCUCACAGGCAGAUGGAUCCAUCCAUGUUUGCCGGGCAGAUAACGGGGGACAGCCUGAGCAGCGCCCCGAUGGGAAUGGAUUUUGCGGGCACGCGGGGGAUGCUGAGCCCCCCUAUGAGUCAGUCGGGCCUUCGGGACAUGGACGCACCCAUGGGCCCCGGCAACCUCAACAUGAACAUGAAUGUCAACAUGAACAUGAACAUGAACCUCAACGUCCAGAUGACCCCGCAGCAGCAAAUGAUGAUGUCGCAGAAGAUGAGGGGCCCCGAUAUGAUGGCCCACCAGGGCAUGAGCCCUGAGGAGCUGGCCAGGGCGAGGGCUCAGAAUGGCAAUGGCAGUGCAAUGCUGGGGGGACCCCAGAAAAUGAUGAUCCCCUCUCAGUUCCCCAACCAAGGACAGCAAGGCUUCUCAAGCGGGCAAGGGCCCUACCCCAACAUGCCCCAGGAGAUGGGCAGCGGCUCGGACAUGUUCAGCCCUGAGCAGGGCACCAUGCCCGUUGGGAGCAUCAGUGGCACCACCAGGCUCAGCCACAUCCCUCUGCCUCCGGCCUCCAAUCCCACUCCCGCGCAAGGGGGCAACCUGGCCAACAUGCACCCAGCACCUUCCCGGGGUCUGGGCCGCCGGCCCUCCGACCUCACCAUCAACAUCAGCCAGAUGAACUCCCCCAGCAUGGGUCACCUCAAGUCUCCCACCCUCAGCCAGGUGCACUCGCCGCUGGUCACCUCCCCCUCUGCCAACCUCAAGUCCCCGCAGACGCCCUCGCAGAUGGUCAGUAUGCCACCUUCGAACCAGUCUGGACCCCUCAAGUCCCCCCAGGUGAUGAGCUCCUCGCUUAACGUCCGGUCUCCAACGGGCUCACCCAGCCGCCUGAAGUCCCCUUCUAUGGCUGUUCCUUCCCCCGGCUGGGUGCCCUCUCCCAAAGCCACCAUGCCCAGCCCAGGAGUCAACCAGAGCAAGCAGACCCUCAGCAUGAACUCGUCUACUUCCAUGGGAGGACUGGAUCAGGGUUCUCUCCCUUCUGGGCCUCGGAGCAGCUCUUCCGCACCAGCCAGUAACACCUCUAGCACCAUGAAUCCCAACAUGCCUUUUACUUCCUCUCCAGAUCCAUCCCCCUCCCAGAACCCCCUCUCGCUGAUGAUGUCCCAGAUGUCCAAGUACGCCAUGCCCAGCUCCACACCGCUUUACCACAAUGCCAUCAAAACCAUCGCCACCUCUGACGACGAGCUGCUGCCGGACAGGCCUAUGCUCCCGCCUGGAAGCAUGUCAGGCGUGACGGGGAAUCAGCCGAAUCAGCUGCAUUUGAACUCUGUGGGGCCUGGAUCCUCCCAGAGCCCCAUGGGAAUGAACCUGCCUGGUCAGCAACCCCUCUCCCACGAACCGCCCCCCACCUCCAUGAUGUCCUCCCCGAACCCUCUGGGCUCCAACAUUCCUAUGCACCCGAGUGCGCCGGGGGCGGGCGUCCCCCCCCAGAACCCCAUGAUGCUGCCCCCGGGGCCCCAGGACUCGUUGAACCAGCAGUGCGGCCCCGUGCCCAACAGUUCGCAGAUGAUUCCUUCCAACCAGCUCGUGUUCCCCCGCAUGCAGCAGCCCCACAACGCCAUGCCGUCUCCCGCCGGAGGCAUGCCCAUGGCCCCUGGCGGGGCGGGCGGCCCCGGCAUGCAGCAACAUUACCCGCCGGGGAUGCCCCUGCCACCCGAGGACCUUCCCUCCCAGCAGCCCGGCCAGAUGCCCCCUCAGCAGCACAUGAUGGGCAAGAACAUCCCUCCUCGGAUCGGUGAGCCCUACCCACCCGUGCUUCCCGGAGUGGCGUCGGUGCUGAACGACCCCGAGCUCAGCGAGGUCAUCCGCCCCACGCCCACGGGUAUCCCCGAGUUUGACCUGUCCAGGAUCAUCCCGUCAGAGAAGCCAAGUAGCACCUUGCAGUAUUUCCCCAAGAGCGACAGCCAAGCGCCCAAAUCGCAGCCUUCCAACCUCCACCUCAUGAACCUGCAGAACAUGAUGGCUGACCAGCCCCCGGUGCGGCCAGGUAUGAAUGCCCCCAGCCUCCCCGGGCAGCAGGGCGUGCAGAGGGGACUUGGCAUGCCCAUGUGCCAUCCCGGACAGGUGCCCAUGCUGGGCAGGACAGGCAUACCGCCCCAGCAAGGCAUGAUGGGCAACAGCAUGCACCAGGGCAUGAUGUCUCCGCAGCAGAGCCUGAUGGCCCAGCAGAAUUUCAUGCUGAUGCAGGCCAAGCAGAGGAGCAUGUCCGUGUCGGGGGAGAUGUACGCUCAGACGGGACACAUGAUGUCACCUCAGGGCUCCCUCAUGGGGCCCCCGCCUCAGCAGAACCUCAUGGUCACGCACCAGAUGAGGCAGCGGAGUGUCUCCCUGGACAGCCAGAUGAGUUACAUCCCCGGGCCUGGGAACAUGGCGAACCUGCCGUUCUGACCCCGGCCGGCGCUCAGGGGUGGGGAGGGGACCCGGCUGCCCGGACAAGUGUUUUUAAGCCUUUCUUUGGGGGAGGGUUGGGGGCCAACGCCGGUGGAGGACACCACGUGGGAUGCUUUUCGUAUCGGAUUCGCCUCUACACAGAAAACCAGAUGUGCAGUAAACUUGAUGUGAAUUGGGUUUCUUUUUCCUUUCUUUUUUGGGGAAGGGGAGGGUGGAGGGGCUGGGAGUGGGGCUGUUACUUUGAACCCUCCGUGGUGACCAGGGACGUCCAGACCCUGCGGCAGUUUGUAAAGUUUUCAUUUACAGUUUUCCUCUGUCAAGUGUUUUUCUUUCCCUUUUUCGUUUCUUUUUCCCCUCUCUCUUUUUUCCUUUUUCUUCUUUUUUUUUGUUUUUUUUUUUUGUUUGUUUUGUUUUUCUUUUUAAGCAACCAAAAUGUGCAAGAGGGUUUUUGGAACUAGCUGUAAAUAGGUCGCUGGGAAAGGCAAAACUUGUGCUGGUUUUUAAUUGUUCUGUAUUUCUGUGUUUUAAUAGAAGCCUCAAAACAUGUUUUAAAAGAAAAAAACAGAAAUGAAAAACAUGCUAAAGGCAACAGUGUACAAGGAUUGAAAACUCUCCCUGGGGGGGCAGGAGGGUCCCCCAGGGUGCACAGGGCAUUGAGAGAUCCCAUUGUAGAGUGACUCUGUGUCAAACCUGUGUUGUUCACGCAUCUGAACGGUUUGCAUGUGCGGGGUGUAUAGUUUCACGCAGACCUUAGGCCCCUGUGGAGGCUGUGCCCAGUACACGAACACGACCGAGGACCGUCGGGGAGGUCAGAGCUGUGGCCCCGGUGAAGCGCUGCUGAAGCACGUGCUCAUCCGGCAGGGCAGAGGCCGUGGCGUCCCGGGAUACGAGCCGUCGUGGCUGGGACGGGGAUGGUGCCGGCCCUUCAGCUGGGGAAGCGGCGAGGAUCUGGGCUUCACAGGCGAUAACAUGCUGGACCCGAAGGUCUCAACCGGCCGUGUCACCUCUAGUCCCUUCUCUUCCCUCUGCGCUGUGUCCCCGGUGGUGCGGUGUGCAGGGACAGACGGGCUCCGAGAUGCGCGAGGCGCUGCAUUCCUGUGCUUCCAGGAGAGACUAGCUGGGAACCCUGCUCCUCUGCAGCCUUCCUCCCCCAGUCCUUUGCCCAUCCAUCGCCCUUGGCGACUGCGCCGCGCCCCCUCUACCUCUGCCACUCGACGCUCUCCCAGGUCUUCCUCACGCUUGUCGAUCCUCCUUCUCCGGAGUUUCACAGGCGCUCUUCGCUCCAUCUCGCCCUGAGCUACCGGCAGCAGCCCUGCCCUUCGGCACGAUCGAGGUCCAGCCGUUGAACACGACCUGUCCCUGCGUGUGAUGCUCCAUCUCAGUAUAAGAGUUGUCUCGCAGCGCGGCCGUCCUGUGGCUUGGGACGGAAGAGGCCAAGGUUGCGUUGCAGCCGCUGGUUCCUGGGCUGGCGGAAGCACUCAGUUCGAACAACUCCGGCUUCUCUGGAUGUGCUCCACGCUCCCCAUCCUCCGCUCCGCAAGGUCUUCCUGCACGCCGCACUGAUGGUCUUUCCUGUGUUUGUUCACGGAGGGGACUGCGGGGUGGUGUGCGUGCGCGUCUGCGCACACUGCGGUAGCUCUGGACCUCCUCGGGGACCACAUUCCAGCGUGGUGUACCCUAUGGGUAUCCAGCGGUGAGCUCAGGGCGCGCGAUUGCCCGAGGAACACCAGUUGGAGGAUUAUCUCUGCAGAGCCAGACUUCGCGUACUACCUCUCUUGCAACAGAGCUCGCCUUUCCCGACCCGCUUCUGCGGGGAGAGGGCUUUCGGAAAGGGAGAUGGAAAACGAGUGAGCGAAUGGCAAUGCUUUUUAUUGGGUUGGAAGCUGUUCGGGAAGGCUGGCGGCUGCUGGAACAUCAGCCCGUGGCUGUCUUGAUCCCAUCGGUGAGAAGGUGGAGCCACAAAGUCCAGUUAGGAAUACCUUGAAGCCUUGGGGCGUUCUGUAGCAAGCAGUACUGCGUGGGAAGCGCGGGUUGGAUUUGAGGAAGGAUUUCGCUCUGGUUUCCUGCUGUGCGUGGUUUUGUUGUGUACGAUGUGAGCGAGCAGCGUUUUUGCAGAUGGCAAAACGGGAACAGUCCCGGGAAGUGCUCGUCCCUGCCUUGGCAGCCGGAGCAGAGGAGUAGUCUUGAGGCCAGGCUAACCAAGCGUGCUUUGGAGCUGACGCGUUAGCCGGUUGGAUUCUCCGUCCUUUCAGAGCGUGCGUUUCAUGUGGGAGGAUGUCGCUCGAACAGAUGUAGCUCUUUCUAAGCUUGACUUGCCUGAAAGGCUGUGGCUUCUCUUGACUGCACUUUGGGGUGUUGGCUGCUGGUGGUUUCUCGUAAACAUCCAAAUACCGACGCCAGCCCCAAACCUUGCUCGCCACCCACCAGCCUAGUCUCAGUUAAUUUGAAGCCAUAAUAUUUUCUAUAUGGGAGUGUUUUUGUUUCUCUGUAGACAGCUGUUGUUUUAGCCCGGUUGAGAUCUCCACGUGUCCGUACCUUCCCCGUUGUCCCUUUUGCCCAGCCCGACUGUGAGAAGUUGCCUGGGGCUUGCGGUCCCCGCUCUGUCGGCAGCGCGUUGUCCCCGUGUCAGCCGGAGCCGCCGGCUGCCUGCGGCGCAGCGCUCUGCAGUGCUAGGCACAGGGCAGCGCGACGCUGUUUCUGCCUGGCGGCAGGAGGGAAGACCUGUCCUUCGGUGACAAAUGAGUAAGAAGCGAAGCCUUUUGACUGGGCAGCCCUGGAUGCAAAAGGGAAAUCCUGACGCUAGGUCAGAGCUGGGGACUUCGGAGCAGCGGUCUGCGCUCUUCCGCAAAAUCCCGCCGCCCUGGAGCCAGCCCUACCCCCACUGCUGCGAUGGCCGAGCAACGGGGAGAAGCAGCGCUGCCGAACACCCCUCUGCCCCGGGCGCCGCUCCCAGCCGCGUCUGCGAACAGCAAUAUGGCAGGAGCUUCUCCGGGAGCGCGGUAGCAGCCGGGCCUCGUUAGACCUGGACAGGGUUUGCCACCAGCCGGGUGCCCACUGCCGUGAGCUGUGUCUCGUCUCGUGUGUUGUAGUUUAUUGCUCGGCUUCUCAGCUUGAGUUCCGUGUACUGACUCCACCUAAUCACAGUAAAAGGUUUGCCCAUGUUUUAGCCAUGACUUCGCCAUGUUUUUCCAGCUCCAAAAAAAAAAAGCGAAUGCUGGGAAACCACAUCUUUCAGUACGUCAGAUAAUCACACACCCGGAAUUAGCUUUCACGUUGAGGUAAUGGUGACUGACCUGUUCUCUGUCAUCCCAUGGAGAAACUUCCCCAGUCAUUUUGUACCAUUAUAUAAAUAUAUAUAUAAAUAUAAAUAUAUAAAUACAAUAUGUGAAGACAUCUUAUUGGUUUUUAUUUGAAACAAUUUUUAGGCUUGUUUUUGGGUAUCUGUGCUGCCUGUAAUGUAUUGACCUGUUUUAUAGGUGCCUUUUUAUUAAAAAGACAAACUUCAAAACCUGA